GCUUGAAGCUGAACCGUUUCCUGCUCCAGUCGGACCCGUUUCAGUAGAAACCAGUACGGAACCAGUGCUCCCACCAAAUCCAGUGAGCCCAGCAGAGUGUCGGCGGGUCGUGGAGAGGCUGAGGAGGCCGGAGGGUCCGUUAUAUUACCGGUAACACCGGGACAAACGGCGGGAAAAUGGCGAAGACGUACGACUAUCUGUUCAAACUGCUGCUGAUCGGUGACAGCGGCGUCGGUAAAACCUGCCUCCUGUUCCGGUUCAGUGAGGACGCCUUCAACACCACCUUCAUCUCCACCAUCGGAAUCGACUUUAAAAUCAGGACGAUAGAGCUGGAUGGCAAGAAGAUCAAACUGCAGAUCUGGGACACGGCGGGGCAGGAGAGGUUCAGGACCAUUACGACAGCCUAUUACAGAGGAGCCAUGGGCAUCAUGCUGGUGUAUGACAUCACCAAUGAGAAGUCCUUCGACAACAUCAGGAACUGGAUAAGAAACAUCGAGGAGCAUGCAUCCUCAGACGUGGAGAGGAUGGUCCUGGGCAACAAAUGUGACAUGAACGACAAGAGACAAGUGUCCAAGGAGAGAGGAGAGAAGUUGGCGAUCGACUAUGGGAUUAAGUUUUUGGAAACCAGUGCGAAGUCCAGCAUCAAUGUGGAGGAGGCCUUUUUCACACUGGCCAGAGACAUCAUGACCAGACUCAACAGAAAAAUGAACGACAACAACCCGUCAGGUGGAGGAGGUCCAGUUAAAAUCACAGAGUCUCGCUCUAAGAAGAGCUUCUUCAGGUGUACGCUGCUGUAGGCGGAGCCUCCUCUCAGACUCCUCUCCCUCCCCCUGAUGAUGGAGGAACAACAGACCUUUGGAAACAUGAAGAACCAAACAUGUUGAUUUCAUCUGCUCUUACUCUGCUCUGAUCUGCCUCUUCACCUCCUGCACGCCACUGCCUCCUCUUAUCUUCCUCCUCCACCUACUCUUCUUCCUCCUCCUCCUCUUAUCUUCCUCCACUUCCUCCUCCUCCUCUUCCUCCAUCUCUUCCUCCUUCACCUCCAUCUCCUCUUCUUCCUCCUCCUCCUCAGCUCCACAGGUGAAGGAGACCUAGAGUCUUAACAGAAAAUGUUUUAAAGAAAGAAAAUGAAAGUGAUGAUGAUGAAGACUGAAUGUCAGAGAUGAAGAGCAGAGCCUCACUUAUCAUAUUUUAUAUUUUUAACUUUCUCAUGUUUAAAUGUUUUUUUCCAAAGAUCGAAGCCUUAAAGGAGCAAACGAAGUAGCAUCAGACACAUCCUGACGACUGUUACAGUCUCUGAUCAUUAAUGAAUAGUUAAUGAAGUGAUAAAUUAAGAAAAUAUAAAUUCUUAUUAUAAAUUAUAUAUCAUAAAUAGAUUCAUUUAAAUUCAAAGAUUUCUAAUACCUUUUAAUUAUGCCUGAUAAGAACGAAUUAAAGAAUAAAAGAACUUAAUUUGAAAAUGAAAAUUCAAAAUUAUUAUUUAUAAAAGAUUUUGUUCAAAAGCUUUUAAAGGAGUUCAUGAGGUUUCUGUGGUGAAAUGUUGACGUGUCUUUAAAGUGUCCACAGAAUGAAACUGUUCCAACAAACACAUCUGAGAAAAAAGAAAAACAAACUGUGAAUCCUGCAAAACACAAAGAUAAAAAUCAAUAAACCAAAUGUUCAAUAAAUCAAUUUUAAAUGGAUUCAAACAAUAUUUGUUUUAAACAUCUUAGAUGUUAUUUAAAGUCACUGAUUCAUUUCGUCUCCUGUUUUAUUUUUUAUCACUUUACUUUUAGUUCAGUGACAGUUUAAUUUCCUUUCAUUUAAAAAGUUUA